AUGGACCCUCUUAUCAAAAAGGCUAUCUUUCGAGCACUCGGAUUCUUAUUAUGGGCUUCAUUGAGCGCUUGGCUGUUUGNUCAUUGAGCGCUUGGCUGUUUGUUUUGGUGGAGUAUACAGAAGAAAACGACAGUGAAGCAAAACGCCAGUUGUUACUCGCCGUGUAUGCGUCCAUGUCAACAAAAUACAACAUGUCCAUUGAGGAGUUUAACAACUAUUCAAGUAUGGUGUAUGAAGCAAUGAGUGAACCAAAACCACAAUGGAACUAUCAUGCUUCAUUGGAUUUUGUUUUGCAAGCUAUUACCACUAUUGGUAAGCUAACACAAUUCCACACUUUGUUUUUAUUUGCUUAACAAUUCUGAACUCUUUCAAAAAAGGCUGACAAAUAAUCCGAGAUUGGUAGAAAUCUCCUAUUAUUCUUUGUCUUAAUUCGAGGCAGUCAUACAUAGCGAGCCUCGCAAAGUGAGACUUAUUUCGUUUAGUUUUACAUUACCUUAGUUAUCUUUAAUAGAUCUUUUCAUGGUUUUUUCAACUUUUUAUAUGGACCAAUUAGGGAAAAUCCGUCGACGCCACUAAAAAGAGCGCCUUAAUAUUAGUAGAAUUGCCAAAUUUUAUAGCGAUACGUCUUUAGCAAGCGAAGAUAUAGCUCCGGAAAAUUGAAAAAAUUUACAUACGUUGGUAUGGUGGUGGGGCAAGUUUAUCUAUAUCAGCUUUCAACAAAACACUUUUAAACUUGACAGUUUUACUAAUUUUAAGGAGCUCUUUUCAGUGGUGUCGAUGGAUUUGCCCCCCAAAAUUUUGCAUAAUUUUUGUUUUUCAUUUCUCCUGGGUAUUACAGCCGUCCCAAGAGAAAUUGAAAACAAUGCUUAAACAAAAUUUUGGGGGGCAAAUAUAAGGUGCAUUAUGGGAAAUGUGGAAGUGGCGUAUUAGGGACUUUAAGGUGAUGUUACACGGGACGAUUCGCAAAGACGAUUUUUAGCACAACACAGCGUUUCAACAUCGUUGUUACAUUGUUUCGAAUGGCUUCAAUAUUGUUCCAACAUUUGAACCCUGCGUUGCGCUAAAAAUCGUCGUUGCGAAUCGUCCCGUGUAACAUCGCCUUUAAGAUCCAACGACGCGACAGCAACGAAAACGUCGCCUAAAGUGAAUUUGCGUUCGAUCUUUCAGUGUUGAUCGCGAUUAUUCCUACUUACUUACUUUGUCAAAUGUACGCGAACCCUACUGAAUUUGAAUUCCGAGGGACCAUAUUCAAGUUCAGAAAGCCCAAAUAAAAUUUCGCCGUUGCUUGUUUAGAUUCACCAUAAAACACGACUUUAGGCAUUUGCACGUCGUACUAGUGCAAAAACGGCAAAGAAAUCUACGGAAAAGCGUGAUGCACGUGCAAAGUUGUUGUUUUGAUAAUAAAACCUAUUGCUUUUUGCGCGUUCUCGUUGCGUCGCGUCGUUGAAUCAGUUUAGGGCCAAAUAUUUAAACCAAGUCUAAUUUAAGCCGCGGUUCAACGAAUCUUUGAACCUCCAGAUCUCUUCUUAAGAAGAUAAAUGCCUCUCUAGUCUUCUCUAUAUGCUUUCAUAAAAAUGUUAGCAAUAAAUGAUGCGUAGAUAAACCCGAUGGGCAAAUUGAAAAUGACUUAGAACGCGGUUUUGUUAAACACUGGCUAAGCUUCGUUUUAAUGUCCCUAUUUGGCGGGAAAACGUGAUAGCCUUUGUCAUUCUACUUCAGGUUUAGGCAGGACUUGAUGUAGAGGAGGAAGCAAGUUAUCAAAUGUUAGAAGAUUUAUUAUUUUGCUAUCGGGAGAGGCCUUAACCGCGUUCAAUAAAAAUAACCGCGCUAAUUUUUUCUGGGGAAAGAAGUUCAAUGAAGCUUUCCAGGUGUACAUGUCUAUUUUUUAAGAAUACAAGAGAAAAUCUCAAGUGUUAAAUCUCUUCCUCGUUGUCAUCGACUAGUCCACGAAUAAUAGGGACCUUACUGAACAACGACGGCGACAGCGACGGCAAUGGCAACGGCAACGUCAAAAAGCGAUAGGUUUAGUUAGCAAAACGACAAUUCUGCACGUGUAUCAUGCUUUUUUCCUUUGCCGUCCCUGCCGACUACGACGUGAAAUGACCAAAUAUUAAGUUUUUUUGAGGAGAAGAACGACAAGGCGAUAAAUUGAAACAUCUCUGUCUGAACCCGGCAACGGCCCCUCUCUUCAGCUCCAACAUAAAUUCCCUUCUUUUAAGUACCUGGUGACUUGAGAUAAUCGCGCAAUGGUUUGAAAGGAUGCGGAGUCUAUUUAUGAGCGAACUUUCCAUGAAUUAAUGUCGCCGUUUUUGGAUUGUAAGGUUACUAAUGUCUCUUUCUACUGAGGCGAAUGUGCUGCCUUUAGUCCUUUCAAAAGGUUGGAUAUUUUAGUCUUUCCGGUUUAAAAAUCGCUGGUCCCGCCCUUUAGAAAAAUUAUGACAUGCAGUUACUGCAAAUUAGGACAGAACAGACGUGCUCCUUUUAUGAUCUCCAGGUUAUGGAUAUAUCACUCCACAAACACAGAUAGGCCGGAUGUUGUGCAUCUUUGUGUCUUUAACAGGAAUUCCCAUUACAAUGCUGGCUUUAAAAUCAAUAGGUGAAGUCAUAGCCUACUGUGUAAAUGCAUUCGUCACAAAGUUCGAGAAGAAAAUCCUGAAAAGAGCUGACCCGAAACAAGUAGAAACCAAGAGUGCUAGUAUUUUGUUCAUGUUGAUGGUGGUGGUAAUUGUGAUAAACAGUUUGUUUAUGAUGCCCUUAACAGAAUGGGGGCUCCUUGAGGGAAUAUAUUUUUGGUUUAUAACGUUGACAACUAUUGGUUUUGGUGAUUACGUUCCUUACAAAUCGCAAGGGAUAAAAGAGAUAACGGCAAGUAACUUAAGUGGUUUUCAGAACCAAACAAAAACAGGUAACGCAGGGGAAGUCACUGCCUUCAUUUUCUCUGAAAUAUUCUUUACAUUAUACCUUAUUUUCGGUUUAUGCGUUGUCUCCAGCGUACUAAACGCUAUUAUGGCCGCCCUUGAAAAACAAAAAUGCUGUCUUCGAUGUCGUUGUAUUCCUCGAAAAACAAAGGCGCAAGACGUUUGCAGUGAAGAGAGUAACACUCAAGAGCGUCGGGAAACCAAUAUAACUAUCUUGAGCUUGGAAAGUUUUGGAUUCCGGACGGACAAUGCUGCAGCGCUAGAAAAGAUCGAAGAAGGCUACAGUAAAUGA